AUGGAGUGCAACAAAGACGAGGCGAUUCGCGCCAAGCAAAUCGCCGAGAAGAAAAUGGAGAGCCUCGACUUCGAGGGUGCAGAUCCGGAAUUCAAUGAUUUCGACAAGCUUCGUGAAGAGAGCCUCUUUGAAGUGAAUCAAAUUUGGGCACGUUAUGAUCCGAAUGAUGGGAUGCCUCGAUUUCAUGCAAAGGUUCGUGAUCCAUUCGAAUUGAGCCUAACAGACACAAACCAUAUGUUUUCUCAUCGAGUGGUUUUGGAGAAAGGAAAUAAAAGAGGUUCGUUUUUUGUGAAUCCUAAACCGGUCCUCCAUCACCAUUUUGCAGAUAAAUAUUAA